AUGUGUUCGAUCCUGGUGUGGUGCCGGACCGGGGACAAGACGCAAAACAGGCAGGUAACUCUAGUGCGUUCGGCAGCUUCAAAGCUGAGUUCUUACUUCUCCUCGCUCGACCACAAUUUUACGUGUUCGACAUGUUGUCUCUCCGACGUGCCGCAUCUUCUGUUGUGAGGCGUAAUACCCUCGCUUUGUCCGGAGCAGCACAACAAUGUGCUUUCAAGAGCACACUUCCUGAACUUCCUUAUGAAUACAGUGCCUUGGAGCCGGUUGUUUCUCGGGACAUUAUGACUUUGCACCAUCAGAAACAUCAUGCUGCUUAUGUUACCAAUUACAACGCCACACUGGAGAAGUUGCAAGCUGCUGUCAGCAGAAAUGAUAUUUCAGCCCAGAUUGAACUUCAGCCAGCUUUGAAAUUCAAUGGAGGUGGUCAUAUUAACCAUUCCAUAUUUUGGCAGAACCUUACUCCUGACACUACUAAGCCAGAAGCUGGUCUGGAAGAUGCCAUCAAUCUUCGAUUUGGUAGCUUUGAGAAAUUUAAGAAUGAAAUGUCAACCAAGGCAGUUGGUGUUCAAGGGUCUGGGUGGGCUUGGCUGGGCUAUGACAAAACUAGCAAGAGCCUUCAGAUUGCUACUUGUGCUAACCAAGAUCCUCUGCAAGGAACAACUGGUCUGAUACCCUUGCUUGGAAUUGAUGUUUGGGAGCAUGCCUACUAUCUUCAGUACAAAAAUGUGCGUGCUGAUUAUGUGAAGGCUAUUUUUGAUGUUGUUAAUUGGAAGGAUGUCUCAAAACGUUUUGCUGAUGCCAAAGCCUAGUCACUCUGUUCAUAAUUUUGUGCUAAGUAAUAACUUUUGUUCAGGUAUCAUAUUAUUCUUUUUACUUAGUUAAUUAAUUUUCCACUCUGUGUGAUGUUUAGAUGUGCAAUGUAAUGUAUACCCACUUUGUUAUUGUUUUGUUGUCUCAAUGUUUUUGUAAAGAAUUUUAAUUGGAUUCAUCUUGAUAUAGAAUGUGAUACUCAAUAAAUAAUGAUCGAAAAAUUUUAGAAUCUAA